AUGGGACAACAGGAUAAUUACACAAAUUAUAACCAAAUAAUAAUUCAAAAUGAAAUUAAUACAAAAUUCUUUUGUAAAACUCUUCCAAGUGAGUUGGGUUCAUAUAUAACAGCACAGGACUAUAGCGAUAUUAUUACCCAAUUAAACCGUUAUAAAAAUCAUCCAUUUUCCCCAUACUUUAAUGGAUUUGGAGUUUUAGUAUAUGUUUUUUUAAUAAUUUUGAUUAUUUUUCUCAGAUCGAGCCACUCCUUCAUUGUUCCACUUUUCAUUCCAAUUAUUAUUGUUUUGGUAAUCACUCAAAUAAUUGUUGUAGCAGUUGUUUACAGAAAAUACCACAGAGAAACUUUACAGUAUUUAGAAGUUCUAAACAAUAACUAUGUUGGUUUAAAAUUUGAAGGCUCAUUUAUAAAGAAAGAACUCAGAGCUUUGGUAAUUAAAUAUGAUGUUUCCAAAACUGCAUCACUUCCCAAAAAUAUUUAUAAUCAAAAUCUUUUUUAUGGUUUUAGAUAUUUGGUCUAUUCCCAACCAAUAGCUUAUUUUAAAAAUAACAACAAUUAUAAUAAUAAUUACCAAGGUGUAUACCAAACUGUUUAA